AUGUCAAUUCCUUUUGUUCUCUCAAAAACCCCGAUUUACGAUCACUGUUUCUCGGCAGACCGCCGCAACGUGGCCAUCACCAAGGACAAGGACGUGCAGAUCUUCAACCUGUCGAACCCAUCGAAGCCGCAAUUGAUCACAACGUUGAAGCACCACGACAAGCCGGUCACCGCGGUGGACAUUUCUGCAGAUGGGAAGAUUGUCACCUGCUCGCAGGACAGAAACGCUCUAGUGUGGACUCCGCAGGCCGACGGGUCGUACAAGGAGACGCUAGUUUUGUUGAGAAUCAACAGGGCUGCCACAUGUGUGAAGUGGUGUCCGAACGGCGCCAAGUUUGCCGUCGGGUCGUCUGCACGCGUCAUCUCUGUGUGCUACUUCGAGGAGGAGAACGACUGGUGGAUCGCCAAACACAUCAAGAGACCAAUCAAGUCCACGGUUCUGUCGUUGGAUUGGCACGAAAACAGCGUUCUUUUGGCUGCCGGGUCCACGGACGGCCACCUGCGGGUCUUCUCGACGUUUGUCAAGGGGGUCGACUCGAAGCCGGCUGCCACCAUCUGGGGUGAGCGGUUGCCCUUCCAGACGCUGUGUCUGGACGUCAAUCUGAACGCAUGGGUCCAGGAUGUCAAGUUUUCUCCCGACUUGCAGUUUGUUGCCGGCGUGGGCCACGACGGAAGUGUCUUUGUCGUGUACCCUGGUGCCGGAGAACUGGAGGUGAGCAACGUGGUCAAGGUGAAGACCUCCAACUUGCCGUUCACCUCGUUGGUCUUUGUCAACCCCUCGAAACUGGUGUGUGCUGGUUACGACUGCCACCCGAUUGUAUUCGAGGGCAGUGGCUCGCAGGGCUGGAAGCAGACCUACGCCAUCGACGACCCGAAGAAGAAGAAGGCCAACGUGGUGGAGAACCAGAGUGCACUCAACAUGUUCAGACAGAUGGACUUGAAGGGCUCCAGCGAGCCAAAGAGCAACACCUUGUUGACCGUCCACCAGAACACCAUCACGUCCUUGAGACCGUUCCAGUCUGAGGCGAGCGGCUUGAUAAGAUUCAGCUCUUCCGGCAAUGACGGUAAGGUUGUCAUCUUUGAUGUCUGA